UUUAUCGGUCAUUUUCACGUACACGUUGCUUGCCGGGAAAUUUUGUACCAACACCAUCGUAUUUUCAUACAUUUUUUAUAAAUUAAUCAUUAGUUUGUUCGAUCGUGUAUAAUUGGAAUAAAAUAGUAGGUAAUCGUGUCGUAAGAUAAGUGCGAAAGCUUGUGUUACAAGCAUAGGCGCCAUUCUUUUUGCGGAACGUGGUGAAGUGGUACGUAACGUCGGCUUGGCCGAGAGCGCGGGACGUUGGCUAAACCGGCUUUCCAAAUUAACGUCGCAAAUCUACUUUUCAAAUCGUCAGCGACAUAAGGAAAAUGGCACAAGAAGCUGAUAUUCCAACCUUCAAGUGCGUUUUGGUUGGGGACGGUGGUACCGGGAAAACCACUUUCGUCAAACGGCACUUGACUGGUGAAUUCGAAAAAAAAUACGUUGCCACCUUAGGCGUGGAGGUGCAUCCCUUGAUCUUUCAUACGAAUCGAGGACCGAUUCGAUUCAACGUUUGGGACACAGCUGGUCAAGAAAAGUUUGGUGGUCUUAGAGAUGGUUAUUACAUUCAAGGACAAUGUGCUGUCAUCAUGUUUGAUGUUACGUCAAGAGUAACGUACAAAAAUGUACCCAAUUGGCAUAGGGACUUGGUUCGAGUCUGCGAAAAUAUUCCUAUCGUACUUUGUGGUAACAAAGUUGACAUCAAAGACAGAAAGGUCAAAGCCAAGAGUAUCGUUUUCCACAGAAAAAAGAAUUUGCAGUACUAUGAUAUCAGUGCGAAAAGUAAUUACAACUUUGAGAAACCUUUCCUGUGGUUGGCGCGCAAGCUGAUCGGGGAUCCUAAUUUAGAGUUUGUUGCAAUGCCGGCUCUUCUUCCCCCCGAAGUUACGAUGGAUCCACACUGGCAGCAACAAAUCGAAAAAGACCUCAAAGAGGCCCAAGAAACUGCAUUACCAGAAGACGACGAAGAUCUUUAGUUUGUUACGUCGCGUGUACGUUAUAAACCGGGGCAAAUUUGUACAUCCGCGUAUAUGGUACGUCGUGUACUCGUGCCUCUCCAUAGGUCGAAGAUUCUUUCUUUGAAGGGAUUAACAUUCACGUAUAGUUUGGUUCAAUAACUAACGUAAACAAUAGCAGAAAUGUCUCUGCGAUUUCGCGUAUUUCAAACUUACAGGAAGGAUGUAGGAAUUGAACGUCAUUUUCACGUGCAUAAGAAUUUUUGUUCGUGAAGCCUAAUCUUGAACGAAUACUGUACGAUUCAGCGUUUCUCUCAUUGAUUUUGGAAGCACAAUUUCAAGAAUGCACGAUAUCAGGAUUUAUAGCCUUGUUGCUAAAAAAAAUUCAUUCGAUACUCAAGAUUCCUCUGUCUAUGUAAUAUGUAUGCGUAUGCUCGAGUGCACGUAUGUGUCGCGUGGAACGAUGUAUGUAUUGUAACCUCGAUGUGUAUAAUUUACCGGUAAAAGAUGAACCUGCGGCUCGCUUUAACACACUUCAUUUCCUCUUUCUAAUUUGAUCGUAUUUUGCAAUGGAACGUAACAAGUAAAUUACCAGCUUUCGAAUGAACGGUUAUCCUCCUUUAAUUUGUGAAAUUUGACGAAGAAUUAAUUCUAUAAGAAAGAAUCUUUCGAUGUUAAUACAAAAUGCUGACGUUUAACAUUUACAAAUAUAUAUAUAUAUAUGUAUAUGUACACACAGACACAUACAGAAAAAUAACAAAUCGGAGCUGUCAAAAUAGUCCAGAUUUUUACCAAUUGAUAACUUAACAUUUGCCGCUACUUCACAUGCUGGUCGCGCGAUAAUGAACUAAUAAAAAGGUAUCAAUGAUUAGUGUGUAUCAAUUGGCUGAGCAGUGCUGCAAUCAUUUGUGCAAGCAAAUUAGCGACUCCCAGCCAUAGUGUUGUCACAUGAAACAAUGUUUCGAUUGGAAUGAAGAACGGUUUGUAGUCAGUUGCGCCUGUCCACGAUAAUAAGAACUGUUUAUUAUUUUUAUAAGAGAAGGUGAAUGUAUGAUUUGUUCAACUUAAAUUAUAUAAACAGUGUUUUUUCUUUUUCUAUACAAAACAUCAGUUUCGUUGUUAGGCAGAUUAAGCACUGCACAUGUUCCUUUUCCCCAAGUCCUUUGUUUUAUUCGUGAAAGUGUACGCGAGUGCACGAUUAAAACGUGUACGUGAAUAUCAUUAAAAUUUCUGUCGUUGAACAGAAAGUGGAAAAAUUUGAAAAAGCGAAGAAGCAUCCAUUAUCGAAUGUUUCAAAAUUCUGCUUAAAGCAGCUUGUACCGUUGAUGUAUUGAAUUAAAUAAAUCAUCACUGAACUGUUUUUUAAAAUUA